CUUUCGAGCUUCAGUUGAGAGGCGACGUUGGUUCGGAAUGUCACAAACGGGCAGAUCGCGUGCCUCUUCCAUUAAUAUAUUAGUCGGUGCGAAGCUAAGUUAAUUCGAAUCAAAUCCCAACGCUCCAUUGUUUAGUUUCCUAUAGGAAGUACGCGUGUUUAACCUCCUAGUCUGUUUGUGUUCUGAAAUACCGAACCUCAAUGAACAUUACACUGCCAAUUAACGCCGAGUGCGAAUAAAUAAGUUUUUUUGUAAGUGGCAAUUGCUGAGAACUUGCAUCCACUGUUGUUCGGAACCUUAUCGGAUCUCGGGCAAAUAUUUUAUUCACGCAGUCAUUGAAAAAUAUUAAAAUCCUUCGGUUAGCAUAAGGGCCUAAUUACUGUGAAUCCCAGAACAAAUAGAAACUCUAACGAGCGGCACGCAGCUGAGAAGGUGUCUAGGAAGUCUAAACAUCUGAGAUAAUUAACAGAGAGUUUUCUGGCUAAGCUCCCGGGUCAGCUUCCAAUUUGCUUAUAACUCGUGCUUAUUUAACGCGCCCAGAUAAAGAUCUACCUGUGCCAGGGGUUUUGGGGUCUGGGUCCCAGUUCAUUAGGUCCACAGCUCUCGACGCGAGCGGUUGAUCAGUUCUGAUCUCUCGGAGUGUCGUGUUUAUAUUACCGCUCUGAUUCCGAACCGCCGAUUAGCGUCAGUUGCAAUCAGCUCGAAUCAGCAGUAAUUCAAUCAGAGAAAUGGUGGGAAAAAUUGUGCAGCUUGUGGCUGUGGCUCUGCUCGUCUCCUGGACGGAGGCCCAGACCGAGCCCAACUACGAGGAUCCCAGCAAACUCAAGGUCUGGCUGACCAUCAGCGCCCGCAAGAGGUUUCUGGAGGUCUCCUGGAGCAAUGCUCCGGCGAAUAAGGGCGACCAAGUCCUCGUGACGAAAGAGGAUGCGCUCGACUUCCAGACAAAAGUCCUGCCCAAGCGCACUCCCUUGGCAGCCUUGCGCAGCGAGGAGGGUAGUGGCAGUGGUUCCGGCGAAGGAUCCCCCAGCUACGUUCCCAUCAGUGGGUUCACAACCAGACCGGAAACCCAGACGACCUCUAAGGAGGAGGAGGAGCAGUACUGGGUGGCCAACGGGGGCGCCACCGAAGUUGUGGCUGCCAUUAAACCAAGCCAGGGUCUGCCCACCCAGUGGUUCACCACUGGACUACCCUAUGACUAUGCCAUGUCCAGGAAUGUGACAACUCAGACCACCUGCUACGGCUUUUGGGCCAGCUACAUCGAUGCACAGGGCAAUAUCCUGGCCAAAACCUGCCUGAAAGUAUAUGCUCGCUGGAUGAACGAUCUGAAGUCUAAAAUUGGAGAGAUGCGCUUGCGAGAUCUCUUUAUUCCCGGAUCACACGACUCCGGCUCAUACCGCCCCAACUUUGACCCCCUGCUCAGGGAAAGUCUCGUAACCAAGUACGCCCUUACCCAGGACGAGGACAUCAGGGGGCAGCUGAUGCAUGGAGUACGCUACCUGGACAUUCGUGUGGGCUACUACCGCAACUCGCCGGACCCAUUCUUCAUCUAUCACGGGAUCACCAAGCAGCGCCCUCUGCAGGAGGUGAUCAACCAGGUUCGGGACUUUGUCCAUGAGACCAACGAGAUUGUCAUCUUCGGACUCAAGGAGUUCCCGGUUGGCUUUGGCAAGGGUCUUGGAGUUCACCGUCUGCUGGUCAGCUAUUUGCGCGACCAGUUCCAGGACCUCAUUGCGCACCCCUCGCUGACCUGGCGGGCUUCCUUGCGCGACAUUUGGGCCCGGAGGCAGAAUGUAUUCCUGGCCUACGACCAUGAAGCCGUGGUGGAAGAGUUCCCAGAGGUAUUGUUCGGAUCCGUGGAGCAGCGCUGGGGAAACAAGCAGUCGUGGGCGCAACUCGAGAGCUAUUUGCGGAUCGUUAACGACUUCGACGUAUCUCGUUUCUCCAGCCGCCCGGUGUCCGAUAUGGCGGAGCUGACCCCGGAGACGUGGGACGUCAUCCUGGACAAGGCCGGGGGUCUGCGCAAGAUGGCCGAUAACGUGAACUGGCGGGUAUCGCAGCUGUACCGCAACGAACUGGGCACAAAUGCCAAUAUAGUGUCCGUGGAUUUUGUAAGGGGCACCACAAUCGUGGAGACGGCUAUAGAAUACAACACCCGUAGGAUUUAUAUGUAGAGAGAAUUGUCCUUAAACGUAUUUUGAACUUGCAGUAAUACAUUUAUUGGCUAAGCGGUUAAGUUAAGCAUCGACAUAAUGCUUAUUGUACUGCUGUGUAGCUUCCCUAAACACGUCACAUUUCAAAGUUUGUUCCCAUAAAAGCGCAUUCAAUGCCUUCCUGAUUGUGUUAAAAAGGAGUUAGGAUUGUAGGCAUAACCAUAAACUUUAGAUUAGACUUUAGUGGGAAGUAAGCCAAAAAGGCCUUGGGUUGUGUUCAACCUGUCAGCUGAGGAGCUUGCUCAAAUAAAUACAUACAUACGUUAAAAACUAAA